AUGUCAGAUAUUGGAAAGAAAGCGAAGAAUUCAGAGUUCAUAGCAUUAGAGAGACACAAGAUUGAUAGUUAUAACUUCAUGGACCUUGAUAAGGUAUUAAGUGAUAUCUACUGCUCUUCUCGGCCUGUCUUUGCUGAUUACAUUACUAGAAUGGAAUUGGUGCAAAACUUCAAUGAUAUGGCUGAAGAUAUUUACGGUAAUUCAGAAGAGAGCAUCCCGGUCCUUGAGGCAUAUGGGUCUUUCGUGACGGAUACGUUUUCUAGGCAGAGUGAUUUGGAUGUGUCUAUUAACUUUCUUAACGGAACAACUGAACUUACCCGUGAAAUGAAGAUCGAGGUACUUAAAAGAUUUGCGAGAAAACUCCAUUUUCUGAAAGGAAAAGGGAUUGUUAGGAAUGUUGAACCUAUCCUCACUGCUAGGGUGCCAAUUAUCAAAUUCUGUGAUCAAAGGACUGGUCUUGAAUGUGAUUUGUCAGUAGAAAACAAAGACGCCAUUUUAAAUUCACAAAUCAUUCGCAUUGUAUCUCAAAUUGAUGGAAGGUUUCAUAUACUUUGUAUGUUGGUUAAGCAUUGGGCUAAGACACAUGAAGUUAACAGCGCCGUACACCGAACCCUGAAUUCUUUAUCCAUAACUUUGCUAGUCGCUCUUCAUUUACAGACUCAAGAUCCUCCCAUUUUACCUCCAUUCUCUAUGCUAUUUGGAGAGGGAAUUGAUCCUCCUAAGGUGGAAGAAAGAAUUCAAAACUUCUUAAACCAGGGACAACCAAAUCAUGAAUCUGUGGCUAAACUGUUUGCAACUUUUUUUAUUAAGUUGCAAUCUGUAGAGUACCUUUGGAAGGAAGGUCUCUGCGUCAGUGUGCUGAAUGGUCUUUGGAUAUCUAAAAAAUGGGAAUAUACAGGCGACGUUGAGUCCAUUAGUGUUGAGAAUUUUACAAACGUGACUCAAAAUGUUGCAAGGCAAGUUAAUGAAGAAGGAGCUAGAAAGAUAUAUAGCUCCAUAAACCAAACUGUCGAAGACAUUAUUGAAUUCCUCGAUGGCAAGGUCACUGGAACACAACUCAUACAUAGUUUGUUUGGCCAGCAAGCUGAAACAGAACUCAGACGAUGGUUGUCUCGACAAAAUGAUGUCAUGGAGCCUCCUCCUCAUGUGCAGCUACUCAAUGCUGGAACAGAUCUCGGACACAGGUUGUCUCGCCAACUAGGGCUUUUGGAGACUCCUCCUCUGCCACCAUACAUUGGAAAUAUCGCUGGAACUCCUCCUAUGUUCUCUGGCCGUCAAAGUGUAUUGGAGCCUCGUCCUCCUCCUCCUCUACUGCCACCGCUGCUACCACCGCCACCGCCACCUUAUGGUCCUCAAAACGUUCCCCAUCCUUAUUUUGGUAGACCAUUUCAUCAGUAA